GGGAUUGUUUCGGGUCUGGAUUCAGCUAGGUUUGUUUCGGGUCCCCGCAGCCGCAAGUACCGUCGGCCGCUUGCUUCCCACGGCAACAACUCACCUCCCGGGCCUACCACGCAGAAAGAAACAUCUCCUUUGUAUCGGCCUCGGCAAUCCUGACCGGAUCAACAAAGACGUAGCUACCCCCUCCCGCGUCCGUCGAAUUCGCCUCCGCCGCCUGCUCGAUCCGGUGGGAAUUCGCCGCUGCCGGGUUGUUUUCGCUGGGGUGAUUAAGGCUCGGGAUUCGAGAUCUACGCGAGUCGCGGGCAAGCAGCCAUGAGCGAGGUGUUCGAGGGCUACGAGCGGCAGUACUGCGAGGCCUCCGCCUCGCUCUCCCGCAAGUGCACCGCUGCCUCCGCCCUCGAUGGGGAGAAGAAGAAGCAGAAGCUGUCCGAGAUCCAAUCCGGCGUUGAGGAAGCUGAAUCGCUGAUUCGUAAGAUGGACCUGGAGGCAAGGAACCUACAGCCUAGCAUUAAGGCUGGUUUGCUUGCAAAGCUGAGGGAGUAUAAAUCUGACCUCAACAACGUCAAGAGUGAGCUUAAGAGGAUCUCAGCGCCCAAUGCUAGGCAGGCUACCCGGGAGGAGCUCCUGGAGUCUGGAAUGGCUGAUACUCUCGCGGUGUCUACUGAUCAGAGGGGGAGAUUGAUGAUGACAACUGAAAGACUGAAUCAGUCAACUGACAGAAUUAAAGAGAGCCGAAGAACUAUGUUGGAGACAGAAGAGCUUGGUGUGUCAAUUCUUCAGGAUCUUCACCAACAGCGACAGUCACUACUACAUGCUCAUACUACUGUAUGUACCUGUCUUAACAGCUCUACCUAUUAUAUAGAUUUAAUUUCUGGUUUUCUGAUUUUUUCAGGUUGCAAAGCUGCAAUAAUUCUUGCUAACAGAACCUCUAUAACAGCACUAAUAGUUAAUUUUGCACGGAGUUGAUGACAACAUUGGCAAGAGCAAGAAGAUCCUGGCUGCAAUGUCAAAGAGGAUGGAUAGGAACAAGUGGAUCAUUGGGGGAAUUAUCACGGCUCUCGUUCUGGCCAUCCUUCUCAUACUCUACUUCAAGCUCGCUAAUUAAGCCUGCCUGCAGGUAGGUUCCCCCUACAUAUCUGUGUUCAGUAAUUGUGUGAUAUGAGUUGUCUGAAUGCCGUGUAUUGAGCAACACGCAGCUCUCCGAGCGUCAUUUGUUCCCCCUCAAACCUGUAAACUCAAAAUGGCUUAUUCUGUGUAUAGUUAGUUAUUCCCAACUAUGUAAAAUGUCUAAAGAGUAAAAAAAUAAUACUUGGUGUUGAGUCUCAUGUGCACAUCGCACGUUGUUCUGUCA